AUGGCUUCGAACCUCACACCAGCAACACAAGCCCCGGAUGGUCGAGUGAGCAACCUCAUCAACCCCACUGGUGUUGGGUACCGCAUCACCAUCACCAACAUUGUCUGUAUAGUUCUCUUCAUGAUUGUAGUAGUUGUCCGUUUGAUUACUCGGAUAUUCCUCAAUAGAUCAUUUGGUCACGAUGACUCACUCAUUCUUUUUGCUACUGCGUCAUUCUUGGCCAUCAUGGGCGUCUUCCAAUGGAUGGUGUCACUAGGACUAGGAAAACAUCUCUGGGACGUACCAUUGGAGAACUACUCGCCCAAUUUUCUCCGCGCCUGGCUCACGGUAGCUGUACUAUACUCAGCAUGCAUGCUCACCAUGAAACUGUCCGUCCUCAUGCUAUACCGUCGUCUCUUCCCUAUCCAGAACUUUCGUAUUCAGUGGUGGUGUGCAUUCUUUUUUGUCAAUGCUUACAGCGUGAUGUUCAUUUUUGCAUCGCUAUUCUCUUGCUCUCCGGUCUCAGCAGCAUGGGAUAUUACUGUAUCAGAGCACAAAUGCAUCAACAGAACAGCGUUGUAUAUCGCCUACACUGUUAUGAACAGCAUCAGUACAUGGUGGAUUCUACUAAUGCCCAUGCCGAUUGUCUGGAGUCUUGCCUUGAAGAACGACCAAAAAUACCUUCUUACCUCUCUCUUUGCCCUUGGAUCAUUACCUUGCGUAACAAGUAUAGCUAGACUAAAGGUCCUUGUCGAUUGGCUUCAUCAUGGUGCUAAUGACAACGACAUCACUUACACAUUAUGGGAUAUAGUCCUCUGGACCCAACUCGAACUCACCGUCUGCAUGAUCUGCGCCUGCGGCCCUACCCUCCGCACCUUCAUAGACCGUCAAAUCAAAAUCGUCAAAACAAUAACCAGCGAACGCAGCUGGAGCAAAUCCUGGAUGUCACGCAGCUGGAGCAAGAGCUGGGGAAGCAGUUCCACACGCUCACGAUCCCAUUCCCACUCCCACGGCAACUCAUCCUACGCCACUGAUACCACACUCGCAAAGUCUUCACGUCUGGGCUCUGACGCAAGUCACCUGCCAAACUUCAUCGAGAUGCUGCAAGGCAGGGGUACGAAAAACAAGGCUUUGAUAACGAGUCGUGAUGUUGGUGCUGAUACGGCGAGUAUGGAGCAUAUUGUGGACGAAGAGGAGUUUCAUGUUAAGCCUGACCAAGAAGGGAUUAUGGUACAUACGUCUUAUCAGGUCAGGACGGUGAGAGAGGAUGUGUAA